AUGCUACUGUUAUCGGGACUACUAUCCAUCGACGCCAUGCACGCCUGGACUGAUUCGACGACCACUCUCGCCUGGAUUCAAUCAUCUCCACAUCGACGUGCUACGUUUAUUGUAUACAGAACCAGCCAGAUCCAGAGCCUCACACCACCAUCACUCUGGCGAUAUGUUCCAACCAGCGAAAAUCCAGUAGACUGCGAGUCUCGUUCCUGGUCCAAAUCACAGUACAUGUUCCUUAUUUUCUGCUACGCCCGUCAUAGACCUCGAAGCACGACCCACUCUCCUUGGGAUAAUCCCGACCAGCACCAUUUUCGAUCGCCUAUUCCGUCGAAUUUCGUCAUUAAAAAAGAUCAUUCGCAUCAUUGCAUAUUAUUGUAA